UGAAAAUGAAUUUGCUAAAAAACCAUGCAUUUUUUCCAUUCUUCACUCUUAUCGUUGCCCUAACCCUUGCCAAUAUGUGCCAUGCACAAAAUUCAUCACAAGACUAUGUUAACUCCCAUAAUGCUGCUAGGACCGCGGUGGGUGUUGGUAACAUACGAUGGGAUGAACGUGUGGCAGACUAUGCCCGGCGAUAUGCCAACCAAAGAAGAGGUGAUUGCGCUAUGCGACAUUCUGUCGGGCCUUACGGGGAGAAUCUCGCUUCAGGGAGUGGUGCAUUUAUGACCGGCACAGCCGCGGUCAAGUUGUGGGUGGAUGAGAAGGUUAAUUAUAACUAUAAUUCCAAUACUUGUGCUUCAGGUAAGGUGUGUGGACAUUAUACUCAAGUGGUUUGGCGUAACUCAGUUCGAGUUGGUUGUGCUAGGGUUCGAUGUAACAAUGGUUGGUUUUUCGUCACUUGUAACUAUGACCCACCGGGUAAUUGGGCCGGCCAACGACCCUACUAAACUUCCCAUUAAACUUGAUAAAUAAAUUGUGUGAUUCGGCUUGAUCACUAAAUAAUUUGGUGAUAAUCACUUAACAAAAUACACCCCUAUUAAUAUUUAUACUCACUCGGUCUCAAUUUACUUGCCUCAUGCCGACCAAUAAGCUCCCACAAAGUUUGGUCAAAGACAAGAAAAUGAGACGGGAGUAAUCAAACAAAUAUUGUACUUUCAUUCUCGUGUUUGUUAUAUUCCUAGCUAAGUAAACUGAAUUGUUUUACUAACGAAAUUGUUAAUGGCCACAAAUAGUGCCUCAUCCGAUCUUGUUGUAAAAUAAAAUGUAAUACAAAUCGAGUUCUCGAUUUUCAUGUACUAUAUAUGAAUAAAAAUAAAUCGAUGAAGGUUAAUUGUAUUAAACAACAAUAUAAAAGCUCAUUGAGGGUGUUUG